AACAAUCAUGGUUUUCCGAUCAGACCCUUGUGGGUUUGUUUGUCUAAUUAUCACAUACGUUGCUCUUUUCUAUGCCGAUUAUGUGGUGGUCAAACACUUGAUUAUGGCCAGUAUGGCAGAAACCCUAUGGGGAGCAGCCAAUGCAGUUGUAUAUAAUGUUGUGAUAUUCCUGGCAAUGGCAGCCCACCUGAGGGCUGUUUUCUCUGACCCAGGAAUUGUUCCCCUGCCAUCCACCAGUUUGGACUUCUCUGACAUGCACACUGGGCAAAGAAAGCAAGAUCGUAGUGAUGGUUGGACAGUGUGUAUGAAGUGUGAGACAUACCGUCCACCACGAGCUCAUCACUGUCGGAUCUGCCGACGCUGCAUUAGACGAAUGGAUCAUCACUGUCCAUGGAUAAAUAACUGUGUGGGAGAGUAUAACCAGAGAUAUUUCAUACAGUUCUUAUUUUAUGUUGGUGUAGCCAGUGUAUAUGCUGUCUGUCUGGUUGCACUAUCGUGGAUUCUUGACCCAGGGGUUGAAGGUCAUAGAAAACAGGUCAAACUGAUUCAUACUAUUGUUCUUAUCAUAGAGUCUAUGCUGUUUGGAAUGUUUGUCUUAGCCAUUGGAUGUGAUCAAAUGUCUUCUAUUUUCAAUGAUGAGACAGCAGUAGAACAUGUCAAAAAAGAUGGCCCAAGAAGAAUAAAGAAAUCAAAGGUUUCCCUCUUGCAGGAGGUCUUUGGGAGAGGUCACCCUUGUUUAUGGUUAUGUCCCCUAACAUCUACCUCUCCUGUGCAUCAAGCUGAACGACCAGAGGAGUACACUGUCUGACCCACACAGAGCACACCCUGUCUGGCAGGGAGACACAUUUACUUUAUGAUUUCUCACAAUGUAAAUACUAUCUUGUUAUGUAAAUAGACGUUUUAUAGUGCAGAUGUUGUGCUGAGAUACAGGUUCUCAUGCCAUUCUGGCACAUGUGUACUCAGAUAUCAACAGCAUUGGCAUGAUCUGGUGUCAUGAAGAGUUGUUAUGGAGCUGUUCCAGAUCAUGGAGGUAUACAUGGAAGGAGGAACAACUCGCCCAGUUAGCCCAGCCAGUGGCGCAGACAUACCUGCUAUGCCUUUCAGCUCUGAAUGCACCCCCUCUUAGCUAGGCAGCCUUCGACUUUGAUGUCCAAUGUAUGUUACCGCGCCUCACAGGGCGUCCGCGAGUGGGGGUUAGGGUGAACUGCCUCAAAAGAGGUUCUAUUAUGCGUACCUACUUUGAGUAAAAAGCCUUGUGGAAGAUAUAGUAUGUACGGACAACGAUACUUACUGAGCUAUCAGGAACAUUUUUUAUUUUUUCACUAUUUUCCAGCGUACAAAGUGUGAAACUUAUUAUGUUGUGCAGGUAGCAUUAGUUUGUGCCAUUAACCUGGUGCUCACGGAUUCUGGACACUGAAGAUCAAUGGCUUCCUUAAUGAUGAUUGAAUAAAGGAGAAAAUUGCCCAUUUGAAAUAUAUGGGCAUUUUUCAAAAAUUUUUUUGCGUUGUGAGCAAGCGACGCACGACUGGGUGCAUUCUAAGUGCCUUUUAUCCCAGGUGUCAAGAGCUGCUGCAGUCUCCAUAGCGCACGCACAAAGACCUGCCACAAGACAGACAGGCUAAUCCCUAUUAAAACAAAGACAGAUUCCUGCUGUGUCGGUAUCAUACAUUGAACACUUUGAAAAGCCCGAGUUGUUCCUCCUUCUAUAUAUACCUCCACGACCAGAUUUAGAGAUCCCUGUGAUCACUUGUGAUUACUAUUUAAAUGACAUCAAUGUCAUCAAUAUCAUAACCUAACGACAGGCUACCUCCAAAGCAGCUUAUUCACAGGAGUUAAAUAAUACGUGUACCGUGUCAUAAUGAAGGAACUUCAUAUUCUUAUUAAAUACCGGUAAUACUUAUUGGACAAGAUUUUGAACAUCUUUAUAAAAGUGAAACCUAAUUUUAUGUAUUCAUUUAGAUUGUCUAGAUUGUCUUUAAUUCACACUUCAAACUUGUAGGGAUUCUGUAUGUGUUAAAAAGGGUUUAUAAUUCAGUGUAGACUCUCAUGUUGAAAGUGGGCAUAUUUUAUUUUUAUACAGGCCUAUGUAUGAUUGGUACACAAGAACUGGCGAAGGCAAUGUUAAGUCUUCCAUAUUCCAAAACGAUAGCAGAUUAACCAACUUGGUUACUGAAGUAUUUGUGCUGUGUAGCUUAGAAAGUAUGAUUCUGCCCUUUGCAGAUCGCAUGCUUUAGAAAAGUUGUCUCCCCUGAAAAUUGCAUCAUUCAUAGUUAUUCAUCGUUGCAUGGCAAUUGUCCUGCUCAUGUGGGUUUGUUUUCCUUAUGAUUUGGACAUUAAAAAUAAGGUCUACAUGAAACUAGGUUUCUUCAAAAAUAUACAAAACCAGAGAUAUCAAGGGGUACCUGUACGCGUAGCUGCAGACCAAACAUUGUUAGGAUGCCGGCUGUUGGCAUACAUUUGUACUACAUGAGGUAGGUAAUGUGGGAAAAGCUGUCAUCCUGCUUCGUCCUGCUUCAUCCACUAUUAGGGUAUUGUCACACUAAACUGGAAGAAAGCGACAGUGGAUUUUUGUAUUUAGGAACUGCUCUUUCGACAUUUGAAAAUAACUAUUUCAAAAUGUUACAAUACUCAAAAUAUUUUAAUCUGAAAAUAACAUAAGCCUUUAAAAGAAGUAGUAGAAUUUUCAGUAUCAGAUGAAGAAGACACAUGCAUAAAUAUUCAGGUGAAACCUGUUCAUGAAGGAGUACUAUGUCACAAUGGAUCCAGCGAUAAGGAAAUUCUAAUUUUGCAAACACUGUUUUCAUACUACUAGUAUUUCCAGCUUCACAGAGGAAAACCGCACUGUUGAUUUUCCCCACCUCUUUCCUCAUCCUUCAAGUAGGUUCUCAUCAAAUAUAUGCCACAGUAUGUGUUUAACAGUGUACUGAGAUGUUUUUUUACAGAAUAUUAUCAAUAAUGUAUGGUGCCCUGAUUUCGGCAGCUUCUCUGAUCAGAUGCACGACUAUUCUGAUUAGACUUGAACAGGCAGGUGCUUGCCGAGACUGGUGCUUAUGUUCUACAGCUCUGCAUGAUGCGGCAGGUUAUGGGAGAGGACUGAUGUGCGCUGUACUGUAUUAGUGAUCAAGAUACAUAUCUCAAUGUUGUCAACAAAAUGUAUGGUUAGGAUUACCGACCAGGGAUGAAAGUAUCUGAAUCAAUUUAGCACAUAUAUAAUCGGCAGAGCGAGUUUGUCGCGUGUCUGGAGGACAGUGACGUGUAUACAUGAUCUAACGGUAAUUAGGCUGAGUCAGGGGAUAAAACUUUCCAUAUUCUGCUGCUUUCCCAUUAUCUUUGACAGAUGGACAAAGGGAAGUUUCACUGACACCAUUGAUUGAGAUAGAGUGUGUCGACUGUGCAGGUAAAAUGUCCGAUGAUGAAUCGAGAACCACCUAGUUAAGGUAUAUACUGUUACAUCAGUAAUGCGUUUGGGACAUCAUAACCUGCCAUUAGGCUCCCCUGAGUUGCUGCUUGCCAUGGAACAGGUAGCGUCGUUAUUAUCCACAUCAUCUUUUGUCAUGCUAUAAUACUAUGUUAUCAUGUACCACAAUGCUCAUUAAAGGCAGUGUAAAAGAAACGGAACUAUUUUUAUACCAGCCGCUGACUCACGACACCGACGCUGAACUCAAUUGUCCGGGCGACGCAUCGCUGUUAAUUUCUAUUCCAGCUGUACAUAUGUUUGUGUAUAUAUAUUCUACUGUGUAGUUUUGAUUACACAACUUUCAGUGUGGACAUAUACAUGUACAUGUAUCUAUUAUUAUUAAAAGUAGGAUCUUAUUGUUUGUAUUGUCCACGUCAUGCAAAAAUUGUUAUAUGUAUUUAUCCAUGGAUUUAAUAUUUUUUCUGUCAGUGGGUUUAUCAUUUAGUCGGAUUGUAUGUGUAUUGUAUUAAUUUAUUUGGAGCCUUUUUAGUAACCAAGUUAAUACAGUGUUCUGUAUGAAGUAGCAUGUUUCAUGAGAAAGAAACUAUUUCCUUGUCAGAGUCCAAAGAGUAUCGAUUGUUUUGCCACUUUUUCUCGUGUGCGUAAUUUUCUGUGAACAGACUGACUCUUUCCAGGAGGGAGAUUUUAGUACCAUAUACUCCACUCAGCGCAUUUUCCACUCCAUACAAUCACCUCAAAUUACCAACGCUCUACUGUGGCCAUGUUAUUUACGUUUAACCUUAUCACUAGUGGACACCGUGUCCUUCCGCAGGUGUCCUGUAUCGACGGACAUUAAUAAAAAAGCGUAAAGUGUUUGUUGCAAUCACAUUGUAUAUCCAAUUACAGAAUGAGAAAACGUUUCUACUUUGACCCCCCCCCCCCCCACCCCUCACCCUCACCCCCACCCCACCCCUGCUCACCCCUCCUCUCCCUGCAUUACCUUAGUGUUGUGUUGUUUACAAGGUAUCACAUGGUGGUUUGCUUGUGGUGUUAGUGAUGUAAUGCACGUAUGCAAGAGUGGAGAUUGCGCUGCCCGUGCCCGUGGCUAAAAAUAUGCAAAUGCUGAACCAAGUCUCAUUUCCUUCCUGAACCUAUCGUUGCAUCGUCCCAAGAAGUUGAGAUCGGUGUUUGGUGAAGAUUUGAGAACUGACACUUUAAGCCUAUUCAGGUUGUUUUAAAUGGGAGUGUCGAAACGGCCCUCGAUAAGCAAAUGUGGUCCAUGGUAUGCUGAUUUUGUUCUGUGACCAUGAUGCCUCUAAUUUGAUAUUUACCAAGAGUUGCCAGCAGCGAUUCAGUUUUGUUCUGGCAGUAGUAUUAAUUAUGAUAUAACGUUCAAUUUGCUUCGUACAGACAUGCGUUAAUUUCUCUUGUUUUCAAGGUACUUUCAGCAGUUGUAUGUAGGAAAUGCAUAUUUUACUGCUGUUUCUGAAGAAUUUUGAAUAUGUAGGAACUGUCGCUUUAAUUUUAUCCUUGAUCAAAAUGUAGCUUUGUCCAAAUUGGGAACUUUUACAUAUUGGAUGAAUUUGGAACACUGGUAUAUAUAAUGCUGUUUGAGCCGAUCCUGGAAGUCAUCUGCAUGUACAUGUCUAUUGGUUUUAAAUCUUGAAUGUUGUAAACAUCUGUUGUCGGCCAUCUCCAUGAACAGGUGAGAUAGGAAGCAAAUCCUGAAUGCGCAGCUGUUUCAGGAAUCUCUGUCAGCGGGAGGACUUAUUAAAUUGAACAUUCCCCAAUAUUCCUGUAUACAUGGUUGAUGAACAGGGUGCUCCGCGCAGGUACUGUGGCUAAAUAAUUGGAACCUUUGUCUAUAAGACUUAAUGAUCUUCAGGACUGGGAAGAAAUUCACAUCCGCUGAACUAGGUGCGCUUGCCACAUCCAAGAGAGCUGCCGAGGUAGACCGGAAACAUGCUUGGGAUUACCGCCUGGAUAGCACGGGUUGUUAUGGUGUGCACUACCUUGUUAACCAGAUGGCCCCUAACUAAAUGUAAGCUUCGUGCCAUGCUACAUUGUCUCCAUUAUCUCUGACGUUGUACUGGACAAGUAAUAUUUUGCUUUCAGUACGAUUUUCUCCACUGAUCGUCGGACAGGUAAAUGAUAGAGGUACAUGAACUUAAACUGAGGAUGGCAUGUUCGAAUGAAAUAAACUUGUUUUUA